AUGCCAAGGUCGUCGGGUGACCCCUGGCCAGCUGGUUGUCGACCUGAACGUCAAGCUGGCAGCACCAAUCCCGUGAUAAUUGAAAUGUUUUGCGGCAGUGCCAGAGUCACUGCGUGUCUUCGUUCCUUAGGCUUACACGGUUCAUUUGGAGCGGAUCAUAUCAAGAAAAGCACCGUUGCACCGGUCAAGCAGGUUGAUUUGGCUUCGCCCGAAGGUCAGGCUCUUUUCAUGACAUGGCUUCGGAACCCACUAGUCAGUGGAAUAUUCAUCGCGCCGCCCCGUGGCACUUGCAGCCUUGCACGAAACAUUUCCCGUUUUGACACAUCCGGGGCAUCAAUUCAAAGCCCUCAAACUUUGCGUUCGCACGAGUACCCAGAAGGGUUGCCAGGAUUGAGCCCAAAAGACAGGUCUAGAGUGACCCAAGCCAAUCGGCUCUACAGCUUCGUUCACGAGGUCAUCAACACAUCGCAUGCGCUGGGCCACAUAAUUGUGGUCGAAAACCUUCGAAACUCGCUCUUCUGGGCGACCAGAUGGUGGCGUUCUUUGCAAGUGCCCUUCUCGUAUCAAGCCCACCAGGCCUGUGCGUAUGGGUCAGAUCGUCCCCAGUGGUCUGUGCUCGCCUAUACCCAUGCUGCUUUUUCAGCCAUUUCUCAUGUUUGCCCAGGCGAGACGCCGGAACACGUGCAUGCACCUUGGGGGCUUCUUGCUACCCCUGAGGGUCUAGACUCCGAAGAGACUGCCUAUCCCUUGCGACUCGCUGCAGCCAUUGCAACGGCCUUUGGUCACGCCUUGAUCGCAAAGGGAUGGAAACCGCCCGCAGACAAACUUGAAGUCGAUUGGAAAUUGUUUUCCCUCACGAAGGCUCGUGUUUCAGCCGGUCAGCAGCCCCGAGCAUCAAAGCUCCCUCCCUUGGUUGCUGAGCAUAAGGCAGUUGUCGUUAUGCGUUCCCACGCUGCUGCGCCUUCCUUGCCAGUAAGCCCCAUGGAAAGGCUCAAGGAUCCUUGGACCGUUCCUUCCGGCAUUGACUCACCCAUUCCUCAGGUUCCUUCAGAUUCCCAACUCCUCCGCUCGACACCUUUACGGACAAGUGGGGGACAUGAAGCUUGGAAGGAGCACGUUGGGGAGCUACAGCCACGUCAUUCAUGUGAGAUUGCUUGGGGUAUUCCCUUCACGUGUGAUGAGUUCGUAGCUGAAGCUGUAAGGAGUAGACACCCAAAACUCUUAAGCCACUCUAUUCCCGAAGUCCUGCGCGCCAGUGUCCAUAGGAACUGUAAGCUCAGAGAGGAUGACCUUGUCAAGAUUCGCGCUGAGUGGUUGAACAAGUGGUUGGAGAGGGCAUUGGCUCUUAGAAAGGAUGAAGAUGUUUUGAAAUCAAAUAUGCCCAACCAUUUGAGACAUAUCCUCCAGCCCAAACGCCUUUUAGUUUGGAAAGAGAUCUUGCAAGAAGAGGGGUACCAUGAUUUAGGUGUUUUCGACGAAGUCGUGAAAGGCACUGAGCUGACAGGCGACGUGCCUGUCACACACUCUUUUGAAAAAGUUUUCAGACCCGCAGAAAUCACUGAAAGUCAGCUUCGUGCGAGUGCACAAGCGGAUCGCCUUGCCGCAAUCCACAGUGCUCGCAGCUCAGGCGACCGUGAAGUUGACGACACGGUGUAUUCAAAGACCCUGGAGGAGGUCAAGGCUGGAUGGGCGUUUGGCCCAGUCGAUUCCUCGUUCUUGCCUGCCGAUGCAGUUGUAAGUAGGAGGUUUGGUUUGAAGCAGUCCGACAAGAUCCGCCUAAUUGAUGAUCUGAGCGGCAGCAAAGUGAACUUAACUGUACAGACCUCCGAGUCUCCAAAGCCGCACACCACUGAUGUGAUUGCCUCGAUGACACUAGAGCUACUAAAGGGCGAAGCCCGACCAGUGCUUGGAAAAACGUUCGACCUUAAGUCUGCGUACAAACAGCUGGGACUUGCCGAGUCUGCCCUGUGGGCAUCUUAUGUUGCGGUUUUCAAUCCCAACACCCGUAAGGGUGAAAUCUUCCAGCUCUUAGCUGUCCCUUUCGGCGCUACCCGUGCCGUUUACUCCUUUCUGAGAGUCGCUCACUCUUUGUGGUGGAUCGGGUGUAAGUGUUUGAAUCUCAUGUGGAGUAAUUUCUAUGAUGAUUUUGUAACUCUUGCAGUUGAAUCUAAUGCAGCCAAUGUUGAGUCCACUGUCGAUGUUCUCUUUCGACUCCUAGGGUGGCAGUACGCUACGGAGGGGGCAAAGUGUAAACCUUUUGAUACAAGCUUUGCCGCCUUAGGCGUUUGCGUGAACCUCCGCCAGUUUCCCGACGGUUACGUUGAAUUCUCGAAUACGCCCAAGCGUGUUGCCGAACUGACUGAGUCCAUCAAUUCUUUUUUAACUAAAGGUUCUAUGUCAUUGGUCGAAGGCCAAAGAUUGAGAGGCCGGAUGCAAUUUUCAGACGGGCAGCUGUUUGGCAGGAUGGGGCGACUUUGCAUGCGCGCCGUGAACAAUCACAUUUUUUCCGGAAAGGGUUGCAAAAUUCCUGCUGAGUGCAGCAGUGCCAUGCAAAGGUUCGCAUGCUUUUUGAAUACAUCAGCGCCACGAAAAAUCCGUAGGGCUGUUUCAGACCCGUACCUUGUUUUCACAGACGCGUGCUAUGAACCAGGUUCUGAUUCAUGGCCUUGUGGGAUUGGAGGAAUCCUGUUUUAUCCAACUGGGACACCCCUGCAAGCGUUCUCCUUUUGUCUCAACAGUCACAUGAUGAAAACCCUGGGAUCUGAUCGCAAACAAACCAUCAUUUUUGAAGUUGAGCUUCUUGGUUUGGUUGUCGCUGCCAAGGUUUGGUCAAAUAUCUUAGUUGACUCACCAGUUACUUUCUUUGUGGACAACAACUCUGCACGCGACGUCGCAAUCUCGGGUUGUGGUCGAUCUGUGGUAGUAAACAGGCUCAUUGAGCACCUCCUGAUCGCCGAAGUUGCGUCAGCCACUUUUCCUUGGUUCGCCAGAGUGCCAUCGCCUUCUAAUCCUUCAGAUGCCCCUUCAAGAGGAAACUGUUCUGAACUUUUGGGAGCUGGCGUCCCUUUCGUUCCUGUUGAGAGCGUGGUCCAAGAUAUCCUCUCUUCCCUGGGUAAUAAGUAA